AUGUCAGAGUCAGUUCUUGCGGUUAAACAUCUACUGGAUUUUGAACUUACGGGUGAAAUGGCAUCACAAUGGCCUAUCACAUUGUUGUUGUUGUCGUUACUAAUUGUGUCAAUGACACACACUCAACAUAGCAGUAACAAUGCCUGGAGUUUAGAGGUUAUGAGCGCCGAAACACAUCGAGAUACAGUACUGAAACAGUUCACAGCACUCUACAACAAGCAUCAAGGAACCAACGUAAGCAUCGUACCAAUACAUCCAGCUGGAUAUAGUAAUUGGGAACUCCCUGGUGGAGGAAAAACACUGCAUCGACAAAAGAGACAAGGAUGUGCUAGUGGAUGCGCAAUGCCUGUUAUUGGGGAUGGCCCACCCGCAUUCGGCUACUCGGUAUCGAACAAUAUUUAUUUCGAAAUCAGCUCCGAUACGUGCCCUCAGCUGACUAUAACCUGCACUGGCGGAGGUUUUGCAGCAAUUGAAUUAAAUACGCAAAACGACGAAGGCUCAAUGCUGAACGGAGACUUUGGUGACGUCCUUUCAGUCACACAUACACUGGCUUGCGAAGAAUAUGGAUGGGGAGCCCCAACACCUGAUCUCGCACCAAUAGGAAACGCAUUCACCUGCGAAGCACGACCACAAUGCCGACCUCGACUACAACGGUUCCAACCUCAACAACCACCGUUCCUACUUCAACGACGACAGUGCCUACUUCGACAACAACUGUACCGACCUCUACAACCACAGUGCCUCCUUCCACAACCACAGUGCCUACUUCCACAACCACAGUGCCUACAUCAACGACGACAGUGCCGACGUCUACCACAACUGUGCCAACCAGCACGACCACAGUACCGACUUCGACUACGACGGUUCCAACUUCUACAACCACGGUGCCUACUUCAACCACCACUGUGCCUACUUCAACCACCACAGUGCCUACUUCAACGACGACAGUGCCGACGUCUACCACAACUGUGCCUACUUCCACAACCACAGUGCCUACUUCCACAACCACGGUGCCUACAUCAACGACGACAGUGCCGACGUCUACCACAACUGUGCCAACCAGCACGACCACAGUACCGACUUCGACUACGACGGUUCCAACAUCUACAACCACGGUUCCAACUUCUACAACCACAGUGCCUACUUCAACGACGACAGUGCCGACGUCUACCACAACUGUGCCAACCAGCACGACCACAGUACCGACUUCGACUACGACGGUUCCAACAUCUACAACCACGGUUCCAACUUCUACAACCACAGUGCCUACUUCAACGACGACAGUGCCGACGUCUACCACAACUGUGCCUACUUCCACAACCACAGUGCCUACUUCCACAACCACAGUGCCUACUUCCACAACCACAGUGCCUACUUCAACGACCACGGUGCCUACUUCAACGACGACAGUGCCGACGUCUACCACAACUGUGCCAACCAGCACGACCACAGUACCGACUUCGACUACGACGGUUCCAACAUCUACAACCACGGUUCCAACUUCUACAACCACAGUGCCUACUUCAACGACGACUGUACCGACCUCUACCACGACUUUGCCGUCCAACACGACCGCAGCGCCGACUUCGACUACGACUGUUCCAACUUCUACAACCACGGUGCCUACUUCAACCACCACGGUGCCUACUUCAACCACCACGGUGCCUACUUCAACGACCACAGUGCCGACGUCUACCACAACUGUGCCAACCAGCACGACCACAGUGCCGACUUCGACUACGACGGUUCCAACCUCAACAACCACCGUUCCUACUUCAACGACGACAGUGCCUACUUCAACGACGACAGUGCCUACUUCCACAACAACUGUACCAACCUCUACAACCACAGUGCCUACUUCCACAACCACAGUGCCUACUUCCACAACCACGGUGCCUACAUCAACGACGACAGUGCCGACGUCUACCACAACUGUGCCAACCAGCACGACCACAGUACCGACUUCGACAACGACGGUUCCAACUUCUACAACCACAGUGCCUACUUCAACCACACGGUGCCACUCUACCACACUGUGCCUACUUAACACCACGGUGCCUACUUCCACAACCACAGUGCCUACUUCUACACACGUCCUUCAACGACCACAGUGCCACGUCACCACAACGGUUCCAACCUCCACAACCACGGUGCCUACUUCCACAACCACAGUGCCUACUUCUACAACCACGGUGCCUACUUCAACAACGACAGUGCCGACCGUCUACAACAACGGUGCACUUCAACGACGCAGUGCGACCACACGUCCAACUCCCCACCACGGUGCCUACUUCGACUACGACGCUUCCAACUUCUACAACCACAGUGCCUACUUCCACAACCACGGUGCCUACUUCAACGACGACAGUGCCGACGUCUACCACAACUGUGCCUACUUCCACAACCACAGUGCCUACUUCCACAACCACAGUGCCUACUUCCACAACCACAGUGCCUACUUCCACAACCACAGUGCCUACUUCCACAACCACGGUGCCUACAUCAACGACGACAGUGCCUCCGACCACUACACACUUCCCACAACCACGGUGCCUACUUCCACAACCACGGUGCCUACUUCAACGACGACAGUGCCGACGUCUACCACAACUGUGCCAACCACCACAGUGCACUUCCACGACCACGGUACCGACUUCGACUACGACGGUUCCAACAUUCUACAACCACGGUGCCAUUCUACAACCACGGUGCCUACUUCAACGACCACAGUGCCGACUUCACACAACAUUGCCGACCACGGUUCCAACCUCCACAACCACAGUGCCUACUUCCAACACAACUGUGCCAACCACAGUGCCUACUUCCACAACCACAGUGCCUACUUCCACAACCACAGUGCCUACUUCCACAACCACGGUGCCUACUUCAACGACGACAGUGCCGACGUCUACCACAACUGUGCCAACCAGCACGACCACAGUACCGACUUCGACUACGACGGUUCCAACCUCUACAACCACGGUGCCUACUUCACAACCAAGGCCUCUUCAACGACACGUGCCGACUCUACAACCACAGUGCCUACUUCCACAACCACAGUGCCUACUUCCACAACCACAGUGCCUACUUCCACAACCACAGUGCCUACUUCCACAACCACAGUGCCUACUUCCACAACCACGGUGCCUACAUCAACGACGACAGUGCCGACGUCUACCACAACUGUGCCAACCAGCACGACCACAGUACCGACUUCGACUACGACGGUUCCAACAUCUACAACCACGGUUCCAACUUCUACAACCACAGUGCCUUCUUCAACGACCACAGUGCCGACGUCUACCACAACUGUGCCUACUUCCACAACCACAGUGCCUACUUCCACAACCACAGUGCCUACUUCCACAACCACGGUGCCUACAUCAACGACGACAGUGCCGACGUCUACCACAACUGUGCCAACCAGCACGACCACAGUACCGACUUCGACUACGACGGUUCCAACAUCUACAACCACAGUGCCUACUUCAACUACUCAACCACUGCCUACUUCAACGACCACGGUGCCGACUUCCACAACCACAACUGUGCCUACCUUCCACGACCACAGUGCCGACUUCCUACGACGGUGCCAACUCUACAACCACAGUGUUCACACACUGCCACUCUACAACCACGGUGCCAACCACACGACCACAGUGCCGACUCACUACACCUCUACAACCACGGUGCCUACUUCCACAACCACAGUGCCUACUUCCACAACCACAGUGCCUACUUCCACAACCACAGUGCCUCUACAACCACGGUGCCUACUUCAACGACGACAGUGCCGACGUCUACAACAACUGUGCCAACCAGCACGACCACAGUGCCGACCUCGACCACGACGGUUCCAUCCUCCACAACCACAGUGCCUACUUCCACAACCACAGUGCCUACUUCAACGACGACAGUGCCGACAUCUACAACAACUGUGCCUACUUCCACAACACAGUGCCUUCACAACCACAGUGCCUACUUCAACCACUACGGUGCCUUCUUCAACUACCAGUGUGCCGACGUCUACCACAACUGUGCCAACCAGCACGACCACAGUGCCGACUUCCACUACGACGGUGCCACUUCACAACCACGGUGCCUACUUCACACCACAGUGCCCGACUUCGACGGUCCAACUCUACAACCACGGUGCCAACUUCUACAACCACAGUGCCAACAUCUACAACCACAGUGCCUACUUCAACGACGACAGUGCCGACUCUACAACCACAACUGUGCCUACUUCAACGACCACAGUGCCGACUCUACACAACUGUGCCACCUCACAACCACAGUGCCUACUUCCACAACCACGGUGCCAACUUCCACAACCACGGUGCCUACUUCAACGACGACAGUGCCGACUACACACAACUCUACAGCCAACCAGCACGACCACAGUACCGACUUCGACUACGACGGUUCCAACCUCCACAACCACGGUACCUACUUCAACCACCACAGUGCCUACUUCAACGACCACAGUGCCUACUUCAACAACCACGGUGCCUACUUCAACGACCACAGUACCGACUUCGACUACGACGGUUCCAACAGUGCCUACUUACACACACCAAGUGCCACUCACACCGUGCCUCCUUCCACAACCACAGUGACUACUUCCACAACCACAGUGCCUACUUCAACGACGACAGUGCCGACGUCUACCACAACUGUGCCAACCAGCACGACCACAGUACCGACUUCGACUACGACGGUUCCAACUUCUACAACCACGGUGCCUACUUCAACCACCACAGUGCCUACUUCAACGACCACAGUGCCGACGUCUACCACAACUGUGCCUACUUCCACAACCACAGUGCCUUCUUCCACAACAACAGUACCGACCUCUACAACCACGGUGCCUACUUCAACGACGACAGUGCCGACCUCGACUACAACUGUGCCGUCCAGCACGACCACCGUGCCUUCCUCGACUACGACGGUUCCAACCUCCACCACUACGGUGCCUACUUCAACAACCACUGUGCCUACUUCACGACCACGUCCACAACCACGGUGCCUACUUCCACAACAACAGUGCCGACUUCUACAACCACGGUGCCUACUUCCACAACCACAGUGCCACCUCACACCACAGUACGACCGCAGCGCCGACUUCGACCACGACGGUUCCAUCCUCCACCACCACGGUGCCUACUUCAACGACCACAGUGCCUACUUCAACCACCACGGUGCCUACUUCCACAACAACAGUGCCUACUUCAACGACCACGGUGCCUACUUCCACAACCACAGUGCCUACUUCCACCACCACGGUGCCUACUUCCACAACCACAGUGCCUACUUCAACGACCACAGUGCCGACGUCUACCACAACUGUGCCAACCAGCACGACCACAGUACCGACUUCGACUACGACGGUUCCAACUUCUACAACCACGGUGCCUACACAGUGCCUCAACGAACAGUGCCGACUCACACGACGGUCCAACUUCCACAACCACGGUUCCAACUUCUACAACCACGGUGUCUACUUCAACGACCACAGUGCCUACUUCCACAACAACUGUGCCAACCUCUACAACCACGGUGCCUACUUCCACAACCAAGUGCCGACCUCCACAACCACGGUGCCUACUUCCACAACCACGGUGCCUACUUCAACAACAACAGUGCCGACCUCACUACAACGUCAACCACCACACACAGUGCCUACUUCUACAACCACGGUUCCAACUUCUACAACCACAGUGCCUACUUCAACCACUACGGUGCCUUCUUCAACGACCACAGUGCCGACAUUUACCACAACUGUGCCUCACUUCACUCACGACGGUCCGACCUCUACAACCACGGUACGGUGCCUACUUCACAACACAGUGCCACUUCCACAACAACGUCCUACUUACAACCACGGUGCCUACUUCCACAACAACAGUGCCUACUUCAACGACCACGGUGCCUACUUCCACAACCACAGUGCCUACUUCAACGACCACAGUGCCGACAUCUACCACAACAGUGCCAACCAGCACGACCACAGUACCGACCUCGACUACGACGGUUCCAACCUCUACAACCACGGUGCCUACUUCUACAACAACAGUGCCUUCUUCAACGACCACAGUGCCGACUCUACCACAACGUGCCACCUCUACAACCACGGUGCCUACUUCACACACAGUGCCUACUUCCACAACACAGUACCACCCCGGUGCCUACUUCACACACGUGCCUCUCCACACACGUCCACCCACAACCACAGUGCCUACUUCCACAACAACAGUGCCACCUCUACAACCACGGUGCCUACUCACGACACAGUGCCGACUCUACAACAACUGUACCGACACCACAGUACCACUUCGACACACGGUCCACUCUACAACCACGGUGCCCCUUCACACACGGUGCCACGUCUACCACAACUGUGCCUACUUCCACAACCACAGUGCCUACUUCCACAACCACAGUGCCUACUUCCACAACCACGGUGCCUACAUCAACGACGACAGUGCCGACGUCUACCACAACUGUGCCAACCAGCACGACCACAGUACCGACUUCGACUACGACGGUUCCAACAUCUACAACCACGGUUCCAACUUCUACAACCACAGUGCCUACUUCAACAACCACAGUGCCGACGUCUACCACAACUGUGCCAACCACACAGCCACUCUACAACCACGUGCCUAUCCACAACCACAGUGCCUACUUCCACGACCACAGUACCGACUUCCACAACACUGUGCCUACUUCAACGACGACAGUGCCGACCUCUACCACGACUGUUCCAUCCUCCACAACCACAGUGCCUACUUCCACAACCACAGUGCCUACUUCAACGACGACAGUGCCGACGUCUACCACAACUGUGCCAACCAGCACGACCACAGUACCGACUUCGACUACGACGGUUCCAACCUCUACAACCACGGUGCCUACUUCAACGACGACAGUGCCGACUCUACAACAACUGUGCCUACUUCACGACCACAGUGCCACUUCCACAACACAGUGCCACCUCCACAACACAGUGCCUACUUCCACCCACAACACAGUGCCACCUCUACAACCACGGUGCCUACUUACAAAGUGCCACUUCAACUAACGGUGCCUACUUCCACAACCACGGUGCCUACUUCCACGACCCUCACACACGUGCCACUCCACACACGUACCUACCUCUACAACCACGGUGCCUACUUCCACAACGACUGUACCUACUUCCACAACCACAGUGCCUACUUCCACAACCACGGUACCUACUUCCACAACAACAGUCGACCACUCACAACCACGGUGCCUACUUCCACAACCACGUACCUACUUCUACAACCACAGUGCCUACUUCAACGACGACAGUGCCGACGUCUACCACAACUGUGCCAACCAGCACGACCACAGUGCCGACUUCGACUACGACGGUUCCAACUUCCACAACCACGGUGCCUACUUCCACAACAACAGUGCCUACUUCAACGACCACGGUGCCUACUUCCACAACAACUGUACCGACCUCUACAACCACAGUGCCUACUUCAACGACCACGGUGCCUACUUCCACCACCACAGUGCCUACUUCCACAACGACGGUUCCAACCUCACAACCACGGUGCCUACUUCAACACCACGUGCCUACUCACGACCACAGUGCCGACGUCUACAACAACGGUGCCAACUUCCACGACACGGUGCCUCUCGCACGACGUGCCACUCACAACCACGGUGCCACUUCCACGACAACAGUGCCGACUUCCACAACCACGGUGCCUACUUCCACAACCACGGUGCCUACUUCCACAACCACAGUGCCGACCUCUACAACCACAGCAGCUACUUCCACAACAACUGUCCCUACCUCUACAACCACGGUGCCUACUUCCACAACUACAGUGCCUACUUCCACAAGAACUGUUCCGACCUCCACAACCACGGUGCCUACUUCACACACACGUCCACCCACCGUCCACACACACAGUGCCUACUUCAACGACCACAGUGCCGACGUCUACAACAACUGUACCCACCUCUACAACCACGGUGCCUACUUCCACAACACAGUGCCGACUUCUACAACCACGGUGCCUACUUCCACAACCACGGUGCCUACUUCAACGACACAGUGCCACUUCUACAACAACUGUGCCACUCACAACCACGGUGCCACUACACACAGUGCCGACUUCACAACGACGGUACCAACCUCUACAACCACGGUGCCUACUUCCACAACACGUGCCACUCACACAACCACAACCACAGUGCCUACUUCCACAACAACUGUACCGACCUCUACAACCACAGUGCCUACUUCAACGACGACAGUGCCGACCUCUACCACGACUGUUCCAUCCUCCACAACAACAGUGCCUACUUCCACAACCACAGUGCCUACUUCAACAACCACGGUGCCUACUUCAACGACGACAGUGCCGACAUCUACAACUACAGUGCCUACUUCCACAACAGUGCCACUUCCACACAAUGUCAACCCACCGACCUCACAACCACGGUGCCUACUUCUACGACCACAGUGCCACUUCUCACAACAACUGUGCCAACCUCACAACCACGGUGCCACUUCACCACACAGUGCCACUUCCACAACAACAGUGCCACCUCUACAACCACAGUGCCUACUUCCACAACCACAGUGCCUACUUCCACAACCACGGUGCCUACUUCACACCACGGUGCCUCCACCACUCAACCACGGUGCCUACUUCCACGACAACUGUUCCAUCCUCCACAACCACGGUGCCUACUUCCACGACAACUGUACCGACCUCUACAACCACAGUGCCUACCACACGACCACAGUCCAACUACACACGUUCCGACCUCUACAACCACGGUGCCUACUUCCACAACAACAGUCCUCUACAACCACGGUGCCUACUUCCACAACCACAGUGCCUACCUCUACAACCACGGUGCCUACUUCCACAACCACGGUGCCUACUUCCACAACAACAGUACCGACCUCUACAACCACGGUGCCUACUUCCACAACUACAGUGCCUUCUUCCACAACAACAGUACCGACCUCUACAACCACGGUGCCUACUUCCACAACAACAGUACCGACCUCUACAACCACGGUGCCUACUUCCACAACCACAGUGCCUACUUCUACAACCACAGUGCCUACUUCCACAACUACAGUGCCGACCUCGACCACGACGGUUCCAUCCUCCACAACAACAGUGCCUACUUCAACGACCACGGUGCCUACUUCCACAACCACAGUGCCUACUUCAACCACCACGGUGCCUACUUCUACAACAACUGUACCGACUUCGACUACGACGGUUCCAACCUCCACAACCACGGUACCUACUUCAACCACCACGGUGCCGACCUCUACCACGACUGUUCCAUCCUCCACAACCACGGUGCCUACUUCCACGACCACAGUGCCGACCUCUACAACCACGGUGCCUACUUCCACAACCACAGUGCCUACUUCCACAACCACAGUACCUACUUCCACAACCACAGUGCCUACUUCCACCACCACGGUGCCUACCAGCACGACCACAGUACCGACCUCGACUACGACGGUUCCAACCUCCACAACCACGGUACCUACUUCAACCACCACAGUGCCUACUUCAACGACCACAGUGCCGACGUCUACCACAACUGUGCCAACCAGCACGACCACAGUGCCGACUUCGACUACGACGGUUCCAACUUCUACAACCACGGUGCCUACUUCCACGACAACUGUACCGACCUCUACAACCACGGUGCCUACUUCCACAACCACAGUGUCUACUUCACAACCACAGUCCCUCCACAACCACGGUGCCUACUUCAACGACCACAGUGCCGACGUCUACCACAACUGUGCCUACUUCCACAACAACAGUACCAACCUCUACAACCACGGUGCCUACUUCUACAACAACAGUACCGACCUUUACAACCACGGUGCCUACUUCCACAACCACGGUGCCUACUUCCACAACCACAGUGCCGACCUCUACAACCACGGUGCCUACUUCACACGUGCCACUUCACGACGACAGUGCCGACUCUACAACCACGGUGCCACUUCUACAACAACAGUGCCUACUUCCACAACCACGGUGCCUACUUCCACAACCACGGUGCCUACUUCCACAACCACAGUGCCUACUUCAACGACCACAGUGCCGACGUCUACCACAACUGUGCCAACCAGCACGACCACAGUACCGACUUCGACUACGACGGUUCCAACUUCUACAACCACGGUGCCUACUUCCACAACAACAGUACCGACCUCUACAACCACAGUGCCUACUUCCACGACCACGGUGCCUACUUCCACAACCACAGUGCCUACUUCCACAACCACGGUACCUACUUCCACAACCACAGUGCCUACUUCAACGACGACAGUGCCGACAUCUACAACAACUGUGCCAACCAGCACGACCACAGUGCCGACCUCUACCACGACUGUUCCAUCCUCCACAACCACAGUGCCUACUUCCACAACCACAGUGCCUACUUCCACAACCACAGUGCCUACUUCCACAACCACGGUGCCUACUUCCACAACCACAGUGCCUACUUCUACAACAACAGUGCCAACCACACGACCACAGUACCACUUCCACAACGACAGUUCCAACCUCUACAACCACGGUGCCUACUUCAACGACCACAGUGCCUACUUCAACGACCACGGUGCCUACUUCCACAACCACAUUGCCUACUUCAACCACCACGGUGCCUACUUCUACAACCACGGUGCCUACUUCAACGACCACAGUGCCGACGUCUACAACAACUGUGCCAACCAGCACGACCACAGUACCGACCUCGACUACGACGGUUCCAACAUCUACACCACAACCACAGUGCCUACUUCAACGACCACAGUGCCCACAGUUCCACUUCUACAACACAGUGCCUACUUCCACAACACGGUGCCUACUUCCACAACCACAGUGCCGACCUCUACAACCACGGUGCCAACCAGCACGACCACAGUACCGACCUCACUACACACCACGGUGCCAACUUCUACAACAACGGUGCCUACUUCCACAACCACGGUGCCUACUUCCACAACCACAGUGCCUACUACCACGCACACCACAGUGCCACCACACGACCACUACCCUACCACGACUGUCCAACCUCCACAACCACGGUGCCUACUUCCACGACAACAUCACGACCACGGUGCCUUCUUCUACAACCACAGUGCCUACUUCAACCACUACGAUGCCUUCUUCAACGACCACAGUGCCGACGUCUACCACAACUGUGCCAACCAGCACGACCACAGUGCCGACCUCGACUACGACGGUUCCAACCUCCACAACCACGGUGCCUACUUCAACAACCACUGUGCCUACUUCAACGACCACAGUACCGACUUCGACUACGACGGUUCCAACUUCUACAACCACGGUGCCUACUUCUACAACCACAGUGCCUACUUCAACAACGACAGUGCCGACUUCACACACAGUGCCUACUUCUACAACCACAGUACCGACUUCGACUACGACGGUUCCAACUUCUACAACCACGGUGCCUACUUCAACGACCACAGUGCCGACCUCGACUACGACGGUUCCAACCUCUACAACCACGGUUCCAACUUCUACAACCACAGUGCCUACUUCAACCACUACGGUGCCUUCUUCUACAACCACAGUGCCUACUUCAACGACGACAGUGCCGACCUCUACAACCACGGUGCCUACUUCCACAACCACAGUGCCUACUUCCACAACCACAGUGCCUACUUCCACAACCACAGUGCCUACUUCCACAACAACUGUGCCGACCUCUACAACCACGGUGCCUACUUCAACAAGCCGACAUCUACAACAACUGUGCCUACCAGCACGACCACAGUACCGACCUCUACCACGACUGUUCCAUCCUCCACAACCACGGUGCCUACUUCCACGACAACUGUUCCAUCCUCCACAACCACGGUGCCUACUUCCACGACAGCUGUACCGACCUCUACAACCACAGUGCCUACUUCAACGACCACAGUGCCUACUUCAACAACCACAGUGCCGACCUCUACAACCACGGUGCCUACUACCACAACUACAGUGCCUACUUCCACAACACAGUGCCACUGUUCCAACUUCCACAACCACAGUACCUACUUCCACAACCACAGUGCCUACUUCAACCACCACGGUGCCUACUUCAACGACCACAUUGCCUACUUCAACCACCACGGUGCCUACUUCCACAACUACAGUGCCGACCUCUACAACGACGUUCCGACCUCUCCACAACCACGGUGCCUACUUCCACAACCACUGCCUACUUCACCACAUCCUCCACAACCACGGUGCCUACUUCCACAACUGUCCGACCUCUACAACAGUGCCUACUUCCACAACCACAGUGCCUACUUCAACACGACACACCACGGUGCCCACUUCUACAACAACUGUGCCAACCAGCACGACCACAACACCGACUCUCACUACGACGGUUCCAACUUCUACAACCACAGUGCCUACUUCAACCACUACGGUGCCUACUUCAACGACAACUGUUCCGACCUCUACCACAACAGUGCCAACCAGCACGACCACAGUACCGACUCUACACACCAGCCACCUACUUCACGACCACAGUGCCGACCUCUACCACGACUGUUCCAUCCUCCACAACAACAGUGCCUACUUCCACAACCACAGUACCUACUUCCACAACCACAGUGCCGACCUCUACAACCACAGUGCCUACUUCCACAACCACAGUGCCGACUUCCACCACUUCUACAACCACGGUGCCUACUACACGACCACAGUUCCGACCUCCACAACCACGGUGCCUACUUCCACGACAACAGUACCGACCUCUACAACCACGGUGCCUACUUCCACAACAAUUGUACCUACCUCUACAACAACUGUACCCACCUCUACAACCACGGUGCCUACUUCCACAACAACAGUACCGACCUCUACAACCACGGUGCCUACUUCCACAACCACGGUGCCUACUUCCACAACAACAGUACCGACCUCUACAACCACGGUGCCUACUUCCACAACAACAGUACCGACCUCUACAACCACGGUGCCUACUUCCACAACUACAGUGCCUACUUCCACAACAACUGUUCCGACCUCCACAACCACGGUGCCUACUUCCACGACAACUGUUCCGACCUCUACAACCACGGUGCCUACUUCCACAACAACAGUACCGACCUCUACAACCACGGUGCCUACUUCUACAACUACAGUGCCUACUUCCACAACAACAGUACCGACCUCUACAACCACGGUGCCUACUUCCACAACUACAGUGCCUACUUCCACAACAACUGUACCUACCUCUACAACCACGGUGCCUACUUCCACAACAACUGUACCGACCUCUACAACCACGGUGCCUACUUCCACAACAACUGUACCGACCUCUACAACCACAGCAGCUACUUCAACGACCACAGUGCCGACCUCUAACCCACAAACGGUACUUCACAACACGUGCCGACCAAAACUUCAACCACCACGGUGCCUACUUCUACAACAAUUGUACCGACCUCGACUACAACGGUUCCAAUCUCCACAACCACGGUACCUACUUCAACCACCACAGUGCCUACUUCAACGACCACAGUGCCGACAUCUAACGACCACAGUGCCGACUUCUACAACAACGGUUCCAACUCUCCACAACCACGGUGCCUACUUCCACAACAACUGUACCUACUCUCUACAACCACGGUGCCUACUUCCACAACCACAGUGCCUACUUCAACAACCACUGUGCCUACUUCAACCACCACAGUACCGACUUCGACUACGACGGUUCCAACUUCUACAACCACAGUGCCUACUUCCACAACAACUGUGCCGACUCUCACAACCACGGUGCCUACUUCAACGACCACAGUGCCGACCUCGACUACGACGGUUCCAACCUCCACAACCACGGUGCCUACUUCCACGACAACUGUUCCGACCUCUACAACCACGGUGCCUACUUCCACAACGACAGUGCCUACUUCCACAACAACAGUACCUACCUCCACAACCACGGUGCCUACUUCCACGACAACUGUACCUACCUCUACAACCACGGUGCCUACUUCCACAACAACUGUACCGACCUCUACAACCACGGUGCCUACUUCCACAACAACUGUACCGACCUCUACAACCACGGUGCCUACUUCCACAACCACAGUGCCUACUUCAACGACCACGGUUCCAACCUCUACAACCACGGUGCCUACUUCCACAACAACAGUACCGACCUCUACAACCACGGUGCCUACUUCAACGACGACAGUGCCGACAUCUACAACAACUGUGCCAACCAGCACGACCACGGUGCCUACUUCAACUACGACGGUUCCAACCUCCACAACCACGGUGCCUACUUCCACAACAACUGUACCGACCUCUACAACCACGGUGCCUACUUCCACAACAACAGUACCGACCUCUACAACCACGGUGCCUACUUCCACAACUACAGUGCCUACUUCCACACCUACCUCCACAACCACGGUGCCUACUUCCACAACAACUGUACCGACCUCUACAACCACGGUGCCUACUUCCACAACUACAGUGCCUACUUCCACAACAACUGUUCCGACCUCUACAACCACGUGCCUACUUCCACAACAACAGUACCGACCUCUACAACCACGGUGCCUACUUCCACAACUACAGUGCCUACUUCCACAACAACAGUACCGACCUCUACAACCACGGUGCCUACUUCCACAACAACAACCUCUACAAACGUCCUACUCCUCUACAACCACGGUGCCUACUUCCACAACUACAGUGCCUACUUCCACAACAACUGUUCCGACCUCCACAACCACGGUGCCUACUUCCACAACAACAGUACCGACCUCUACAACCACGGUGCCUACUUCCACAACUACAGUGCCUACUUCCACAACAACAGUACCGACCUCUACAACCACGGUGCCUACUUCCACAACCACGGUGCCUACUUCCACAACAACUGUACCGACCUCUACAACCACAGCAGCUACUUCAACGACCACAGUGCCGACCUCGACUACGACGGUUCCAACCUCUACAACCACGGUGCCUACUUCCACAACAACAGUACCGACCUCUACAACCACGGUGCCUACUUCCACAACUACAGUGCCUACUUCCACAACAACUGUUCCGACCUCCACAACCACGGUGCCUACUUCCACGACAACUGUUCCGACCUCUACAACCACGGUGCCUACUUCAACGACGACAGUGCCGACAUCUACAACAACUGUGCCAACCAGCACGACCACAGUACCGACAUCUACAACUACAGUGCCGACCUCGACUACAACUCUGCCGUCCAGCACUACCACCGCGCCUUCCUCGACUACGACGGUUCCAACCUCCACAACUACGGUGCCUACUUCCACAACGACUGUACCGACCUCUACAACCACAGCAGCUACUUCAACGACCACAGUGCCGACCUCGACUACGACGGUUCCAACCUCCACAACCACGGUGCCUACUUCAACGACCACAGUACCGAGAUCUACAUCCACACUUCUGCCUUCAACAACUACGGUCCAAACUAUUGCAACUACACCUGGAUCUACUUCGUCCUCUCGUCCGUCGCAAUGCUGCCCUUCGACAGGUAUCUGGAGUGCUUGGGCAACCACCCAAAAAUGUUCGGACACUUGCGGUUCAUGUGCUCAGCUGGUUUAUCGUCGCAGUUGUCUUACCGGAGACUUGGGAUGUCCAUGCACGUAGUGGAAGCGAUGUCAAAGUCGAGAACUGCAAUAUUGGUGUUUGUUUCUUCCCGAGGCUAUCAUGCUGCGCUCCUUACGCUUCAACUGUGAUUAAUGGGAAACACGCUUGCGGUCCACAACCGAACAUUACUGAACCUCCUCUUGACACAACAUGCUGUCCUACAAACGGGUUUUGGUCCGAAUGGAAAGAAUGGAGCGCUUGUGCAGGAGCUGGGUGCUUCAAAUGCGGGACAACGACAAGAACUCGCACAUGUGCCUCAGACUCUUAUGGUUGUUCGUGUUCCGGAAAUGAUAUUGAGACUCAGAGCUGUGUGGUGAUGGCUACGUGGAGCGAAUGGACGGAUGACAACAGUCCACCACCAUCCGAUCUCUGCUGGACAUGUUGUCCAACUACUGGAGGUUACUGGUCAGAAUGGACAGAAGGUGGAGCUUGUGGCGACACAUGCGGUUCUUGUGCCCAAGUUACUCAAAAGCGUACAUGUUUAACAGAGGCAAAUGGUUGUGCAUGCAGCCCAACUAUACUACACCGCUGGCACCUUACGAUCCAUACUGUAACAGUACAUGUUGCCCAGACAAUGGAAUAUGGUCAGAAUGGACUCAGACUCCUAAUCAGUGCUCCGAUUAUUGCGGUUCAUGUGGAAACCUUACAAAAACGAGGACAUGCCUUUCCGCUGCCGAUGGCUGUCCGUGCAAGUAUAUGGGGUGAAUGGAGCAUAACUGUUCCAUGUAACGAUACCUGUGGUUCCUGUGGCACACAAGUUCGAUCCCGGAAAUGUCUUUCAUUACAAUACGGAUGUUCAUGCACAGGUGAUGCUGUACAAGACCAAAUUUGCGGGACAACUGUUUGUUUAUUCCCGAGAACAUCGUGCUGUCCUGGUUUCGCAAAAAAAGCUGAUACCGUUACGAAGACUUUCUACUGUGGACCUCUUCCAGUUGAGCCAGCGUUCAACCCGGAGCAGACCACUUGCUGUGAUCCCGAGAAGAAAGGUUUGUGGAAUGAAUGGACCGAAUGGACAAAAUGCACCUCGGAUUGUGGUCUUUGCGGUACACAAUCACGUAAUCGUACAUGUGCAUCACAACCAUACGGUUGUUCGUGCAUAGGGGAUACAAAGGAAACAAAGGCAUGUGGACAAGCAGCAUGUACUACUAGUCCAGCAUGUUGUACAGGUUAUCCAGCUGUUGGUUAUGAUGGAGCCAAUUUCUGCCAACCAAAUCCUCCUAUACAAUGCCCGGGUACAUGGACCGAAUGGAAGACAGAAACCAGUGCUACAUGUAAUGAUACUUGUGGAAUGUGUGGAGUAAUACCUGCAUAUCGUUACUGUUGGCCAUCCGGUUGUCAGUGUCCAGGAGCAUUCAAAAUGAAUCAAGCAUGCGGAUCUCCGGUGUGUACGUUCCCCAGAACAAGUUGCUGUGCACCGUACGUGAAGAAGAUCGUGAACAAGCAGUUCGUCUGCGCUUGA